AUGUUUUCCGGCCUUGGCGCGCAGAAUUCCGACCCUCCGGAAAGCCGUGAUGGUGCAGACCAGGGCGAAGACGGCAAUGGACACAUGACCGCCAUGUCCUUCUACGGGCGCGCUUUCCGAAGGCGACGUGUGCAGAAAGAGUCGCGAUCUAGGGCAGCCAAGCUUGAAAAGCAGUUGAGUGAGUUGAUGGCUUUGGUUGGUACUACCAGCAGAACAGGAUCUGGGGAGAGCCCAGACCUCGCCCCUUCUACCGCUGCUGCUUCCGUGUGUUCUCAAAUCGAUAACUCGACAACCAUCUCUCAUGCUCCCAGCUCAAUCGGGAUACCAGAUGACCCCGGUAUACAGCACCCAAUUAAUCCUAUCCCUAGCAUCAGUGACGAUGGCCAAAUUGUCCACCUCUCCGACAAGGCAUGGGAAGAAAGCCUCAUAGUUUUUCAGCUCUCGAUUUUACAAGGCUUUCCAUUUAUCUACAUAUCCCAGGGAGUUGACCCAGCACAAUUUCGUUGCCAAUACCCCAUGGUUAGCCUCUGCAUUGUCUUCAUUGCAAGCUCGGACCUGCAGCAGAAGGUAGUCCUGGGCAAGACUCUUUCCGGGAUCCUCACAAAGAAGAUAAUCAUCCAGAGAUGUGCCGAUAUUGACCUUCUGCUGGCAUCCAUCUGUUUUACAGGGUGGAUCCACCAUAACGGAAAGCCAGAAAUGUUGACGGCCUGGAUACAGCUCACUCUAACAGUCGUAUAUGAUACGAAGCUCAAUGUGACUAGGCUGGACUCAAUGCUGCUCCGAAGGGCACUUCUUGCCGCGUUCAUUCUGGCAUCCAUUGUCCAGGCUUUGAAAUGGACCUCCAUAAUGAACGAGUCACUUGCCAUACUCGCUGAGACGCCAGAGUGCCCGGGCGAUAGAUUGCUGGCUGCGCAGGUCCACUGCCACCUAAUCCUUCAAUAUUUGCCGUUGGCAGGCUCGUUUCUUGGACAGCCUGGAACUGAAGUUGAACAUAACCCUGCCAGACAAAUGUACCAGCAGGAAGCAUCGUCACGUCUCCAAAAGGUCAAAACUGCGUUUCAGAUGGACGCAGCUUGCAACCCCGUCGUGGCUAUGACCAUCCUUGCGACGGAGCAGGCCAUCUUUUCUGCAGCUGUAGGCACCUUGGGCGACUACCAACCCCCUGAAGUUCAAAUGCAGAUCAUCUCAAACUUUCAUCGAAGCUUGUUGGCAGUCAGUGGAUGGUUUCGCACAUUUCUGCCACUUGGUGCCCAGGCCUUGACAACUCUCCCAAUCGCAUCUUUUGUGCAGCUCUCGUCAAAUGUUGAAACUCUGUUUUCCCUCACUACUCUCGAGAGUCCUUUGUGGGAUACAGAACUGGUUUCGCAGACAGUUGAUGUGUUCGCUACCAUGGACACGAUUGCCCACAUGCUCAAGUCGAUCCCUGGGAUCCUGGGACAGCGUGCUGUGCCAAAUGCCACACCUCCGGGAGAAAUGGAUGUGAUUACUGUAGCAGUAGAGAACAUUAGAGAGCAGAAGAAGGGCUGGGAAUCCGUUGCAGCUGAAAAGCGAGCACUGCGGACUUAUCUUGACGAGAUACAGGGCUACGACAUGACGUUCAAUGAUCUGGAUUUUGAGGGACUUCAACGAGAAGGAUUGGAUUCAAAAUAG